GCAUAGCGACCUUUGAGUUUUUGAUUUGGGACGGGAAUGUAAAACGUCGUCGUCGUCGUCACUUGCUCCGACUUGAAACCCGACCCCUGAAACCAAAUUUGAACCAAGCGUCAAACUGUGACUUGACCCCGAAAACGGUCUAAAAGCCCUACCCUGGCUUGAAACCCGACCUUGAAACCUACACUUAACCGCCGAUGGAAACUUUCAUUUGAAUCCCUAACUCUAUUUGCAAGCCCUAAUUUGAAACCAUAACUCCUGAUUGAAACACAAAUUUGAACUCUAUACCCAUUUGAAACCCUACCUUGAAACUUUACUGCUGUUUGAAACCGUAACCAUGGCUUGAAGCUGUCAUUUGAAACCCUAACCCCUGAUUCAAACCUUUACUUGAAUCCCUAACCCCGUCUUGAAGCCAAACUUUAAAACCCUAACCCUAAUUUGAAACCUUGACCUGUGUUUGAAACCCUAAGCCAAGCUCGAAACUGCAAUUUGAAAAAAUAACCGUGCUUGCAAUCCCUGAUGUUGCUUGAAACUUGAACCUGAAUCACUAACCCUGGUUUGAAACCCAAACUCGAAAUCUUUAACAUGGCCUUGAAGCCGUGUCUUCAAACCCUAACCUUCGUUUGAAUCACUAACCCUGCCUUGAAGCCCUAAUUUGCAAGUUUUACUUAAUUUCACACAAUAAUGUGACACUGUUUAAAAAUCUUGUCUGAAACCCCGAAUCCAGGCCUUGAAACCUCAUUUGAAACCCGACCCUACCAUUUAUGUGUGAAUGUGUUUGCGCGUGUGGAGCACUCGGCGUCCACCGGGGGGCGCCGCGGGACGCUUUGUCCUCGUGUGGGCGGGGCCACGGGCCGUUCAAAUCGGCGGCGUGCGCGCACAGGCAGCAGGCACACGGACCGGACCGGACCGAACCCGACCCGACCCGACCGCAGCAUGGAGGGCGCGUUCGCGCAGCAGAACGCCAGCGGAACACAGGACUGGACCCGGGUUGGGAGCGCGCUGCCGUGGAUCCACGUCAUCACCGCGCUCGUCAGCGCUCUGGGCUCCGCUUCCGUCAUCACCCGUGUGAUGUCACAGCGUGUGGGCGGGGCCACGUCCGAGGUGCGAGCGCUCUUCCUGCUGGCCGCAUCCGACCUGCUGCUCGCCCUCUGCGGGCUGCUCGGGGGCGCGAUGCUCGUGCGCCACGCCGGCGCCCUCGCCUGGUACCGCCUGCACGCCGCGCGACAGGUUGUGUGUAUUGCGUCCUUCUUCUACACACUCAACUACGUGUGGAACGUGUACGCUCGGCUGCGUCUCAACCUAUGGUGCGUCCCUCACCCGCUUUCUGCGCAGCACGCGAUGCCAAGUGGCAAGAUGACCGCACUGCUUUCUGGCGUGGCUCCGCCUCUCCUGAUGGCGCCCGUCUUCAUCGGAGGAAGCGUCGGCGGCUGCGUCGCCGACUGCAGCGCCGCCUACAGAUGUCUGUUGACGCCAAUCGGCGCGCCUCCUGUCGCCGCCGGGCGACCGAUCGCGGCCUGCCGCCCGUUGCGCGUCUACGGCGGCGCCGUCUUCCUCGCCGCCUUCUUGCUCACGCUCGUCGGCAUGUUGGCGCUCAUGGGAAAGUGUCGUCGGACUUACCGGCGCGUGGUGACGGCUCACGGUUACCUUGGCAACCGGCAGCGGGCGUCCCUCCGGGCGCUGGACUUGCGGAUGCUGGCGCACUCGCUUGUCUUCGCCGUCUGCUGGGCACCAACGGCGUGCCUGGUGGCCGUGCGCGCGACGACGUCAUCGACGGACGUCGGCGGCGCGUCCGUGGUCGUCUUGUACGUCGCGCAGGCCGUCACGUCGGCGUCGCCGGGCGUCCUCCGCUUCGCCGCGCUGGCGUGCGCGCGCGGCCCACCGGGACGGAUUCCGGCGCGGCGCGACGCCGACGCGCAGACGCCGCUGCUGCGAGCGCAGAAGACGAGCGCGAGGAGCUACCGAACUUGAGGACCGCGCGCCGCCCGUCCGCCGACACCCGCGAGAUUCGGCUCCGCUGCGCCGCUGUUACUGCGAGUGACAGGGGUGUGAAGACUUUGUCUUAUCUAAUUAUUUUUCAUUUUAUUCAACACACUAAAACAAUCUAUCAGUGUAGCUAAAGCAACAAUCUAUUGCUUUUUAUACAUUCUGUGGCGGGGCCGCAAAUGGCCCCCCGGGGCGUAACUUGGACACCGCUGCAGUGAUUGUGUUGCUCAUGUGUCACGUGAUGAAUAAAGUGAAAGUACUUUGUCAUUUCAAACACUGAAUGCGUGUGGCUUGAUGUGGAGCACACAAACUGACCUCGAUUUGCUUGCGACACGUUGAAAAAGGGCGCUGACCCGCGCAACGCCCGGACACGACCUCACUAGACUCCGCCCCCCUCCUGCCAGGACAACAAAGAACUUCCUGUUGAGCGGCGCCACCGGUGGACGCCGGCCAUGUUGUCACGGCGACCCACGAAUUAGUGCUAAUGAGCCGCCCGCGCAUACGUCACGUGCUGUCGCGAGCAGUCGGGGCCUGUUACGCAAUUGCCAUCCCACAAUAAAAGACUCGUGCGACGGACAAUGGCGCGCAUCUCCGUGGUAACCACGUCGACCGCUCAGCCAAUCGGUGCCGUUGAAUGAGCUUGUGGCGCCCUCCAGUGGCGCAGGUUGCACAAGGCACAUUUUCCAAAGCCUUUUCUGUCACAUUCGCAAUUCCUGUGCUUCGCAUAUAUGACGAUAUUAAUGAUAUAUUACAUGACUGGGACUAAUUAUUCCCACGGAACAUUCAUUAAACAGUCAAACAUGAGUAAUUUACUAAAUAAUAGAUAUUUAGUAAUCAUAUCACUGAAUAAUUACAGUAAAUACUAACAUCAAAAUUAA